AUGGUGAACGUCUGGAAGCAGCCAGAAGUGUGGAUCCUUCAGCGGCCCGUCCAGCCCCCGCAUCCCACACCUCCGGCCUCCACCGCCCACGGAGGCCCUGAUGGUGGAUGUGGGGUCUGGAGCCGGGACAGGAAACUCUCCCUACAAAAUAGCAGGAAAUCCCACAACGGUCACGUGUCCUGCCCCACCCCGGGCUGCGAUGGCAGUGGCCACGUUAGCGGGAAAUACGCGAGACACAGGAGCGUGUAUGGCUGCCCCUUGGCUAAGAAACGGAAAACACAAGAUAAACAGCCCCAAGAACCUGCUCCCAAGCGAAAGCCGUUUGCAGUGAAGGCAGACAGCUCGUCUGUGGAUGAGUGCUAUGACAGCGACGAGACGGAGGACAUGGACGACAAGGAGGAGGAGGAGGAGGAAGAGGAGGAGGAGGAGGAGUACUCGGAAGACGAGGAGGAGCAGAGGGACGACGAGGACGAGGAGGCGGACCGGGAGGAGGAGGAGGACGACGAGGAGGAGGAGGAGGAGGACGGCGAGGACGUGGAGGACGAGGAGGAGGACGAGGAGGAGGAGGAGGAGGACGAGGAGGAGGAGGAGGAGAACGAGGCCCGCCAGGGGAGCUGCCACAACCCUCGCGGCACGCAGGACGCGGGGAAGGAUGACGACAAUGACGAGUACGACAAUUACGACGAGCUGGUGGCCAAGUCCCUGCUGAACCUGGGCAAGAUCGCCGAGGACGCCGCCUUCCGCGCCCGGACCGAGUCCGAGAUGAACAGCAGCACCUCCCACAGCCUGGAGGACGAGGGCGACAAGCCCGAGGGCCUGGGCCGGAAGGCCGAGCUCAGCCUGGACCUGGACAGCGACGUGGUCCGCGAGACCGUGGACUCCCUGAAGCUGCUGGCCCAGGGCCACGGCGUGGUGCUGGCGGACAGCGCCGCCGACCGGGCCUACGCCGACCCGCUGGCACCGCCGGACGCGCGCGGCCUCAACUACGUGAUGCUGGGCAAGCCGGCGGGCGGCGGGCUGGCCGAGAAGCUGGCGGAGGAGAGGGACGAGGAGGCGUGUCUGAGCAGCCUGGAGUGCCUGCGGAACCAGUGCUUCGACCUGGCCCGCAAGCUGAGCGAGACCGCCCCGCAGGACCGGCCCGCGCCGCCCAACCCCGGCCUCCGCCCGCUCGGCCGGCAGGAGGAUGACUUCCCGGGCCGGACGCCCGACCGCAGCUAUUCUGACAUGGUGAACCUGAUGCGGCUGGAGGAGCAGCUGAGCCCGCGCUCCAGAACUUUCUCCAGCUGCGCCAGGGAGGACGGGUACCGCGGCGGGGACGACGACGCGGCCUCCGUGAACUCGGACCGGUCCGAGGAGGUGUUCGACAUGACCAAGGGGAACCUGACCCUCCUGGAGAAGGCCAUCGCUCUGGAGACGGAGCGGGCCAAGGCCAUGAGGGAGAAGAUGGCGCUGGAGGCUGGAAGGCGGGACAGCAUGAGGUCCUACGAGGACCAGUCGCCACGACCGCUCCCCGGGGAGGAGAGGAAGCCGAAGGCAGGCGACAGCCACGUCAAAAAGCCAUACUAUGAUCCCUCGAGAGCAGAAAAGAAAGAGAGCAAGUGCCCCACCCCAGGGUGCGAUGGAACCGGCCACGUAACCGGGCUGUAUCCGCAUCACCGCAGUUUGUCCGGAUGCCCGCACAAAGAUAGGGUCCCUCCGGAAAGUAAGUCUGUGGGCCCCAGCGCCCCGGGGCCCACACGCCUGCGCCCUGUCCUGUCGUCCUCCGCGCCUCGUCACCUCCAUCUCCGGCUCAGGGCAGCCCGCCUCAGGGAGCUCCUCCUUGUGCCGACGGCAGCCUGGUCAGGACCAGUCCCCACCCGCCCCACCCCAGCCCGCGGUGCUUCCUGGGCCUCUCCCCACAGAUCGGCCCCGGGACCCCAGCCCCCCGUGGUGCUGGCCCGAGCAGGCCUGACCUCCGGUCCUUAUUUCAUUGCUCCCUCCUCUGUGACCCACACAAAUCACUUCUCCCCUUCCCUCCCCUCAAGUUGCAGACGGAACUUAGACAGUUGCAAAGACAUCCAUCCAGCGCUAAACUGCUGGGAGCCCCUGGGAGAAGGGGCCUCGAGGCCUCCUUUGCCCAGUUACCCGACCUCCUCUGUCUCCAAAAGUCUAAACACAGUGAAACCCGGCCUGUGCCCCAACACGCUGCUCCUGGUACCUGCUCACACAGACCCCGGGGUCAGGUCAUGCCGGGCCUCACCUUCACCCACCCUCUCUGGAUGCCCUAUCGCCGCAGCAGAGAAACUGGCGAAGGCCCAGGAGAAACACCAGAGCUGUGACGCGUCCAAGUCCAGCCAGGCCUCAGACCGAGUGCUAAGGCCCAUGUGCUUUGUAAAGCAGCUCGAGAUCCCUCACUACGGCUACAGAAAUAACGUCCCCACGACCACGCCUCGCUCCAACUUGGCCAAAGAGCUGGAGAAAUAUUCCAAGACCUCGUUCGAAUACAACACUUAUGACAGCCACACUUACGGCAAGCGGGCCAUAGCUCCCAAGGUGCAAACCAGGGAUAUAUCCCCCAAAGGAUGUGAUGCGAAGCGCUACUGCAAGGACGCCAGCCCCAGCAGCAGCAGCACCAGCACCUACGCGCCCAGCAGCAGCAGCAACCUGAGCUGCGGCGGCGGCAGCAGCGCCAGCAGCACGUGCAGCAAGAGCAGCUUCGACUACACGCACGACAUGGAGGCGGCGCACAUGGCGGCCACGGCCAUCCUCAACCUGUCCACGCGCUGCCGUGGCUGCGCAGAGACUAGGGAGCUCGAGCAGCGGUGUGCCCUGAACUUGACCCGCCGCGGUCAAGCGGAACGCAGGGUGUGCCGCACGCCCAGAGCCGGGAACAAAGGGAGCGAAAAGGCGCCGCUUCCGCGCGGGCUCGCAGUCAUGCGGUUGCGGCCGGCGUUCAUCACGCAGAGCGCCAGAGAGGCUCAAGCGCUGGGUGGACCCGCGCACCUGCCGGCCGGCAGCAUAACAAGGUGGGAGAGCGGCUGCGUGCAGGGACCGCCACGGGCCCCGCUCUCCUGGGAGCUCCUGCAGAUGACGCUGCAGGGAGGGGUCUCGAGUCUGGAUUCUGUCCGGGCGGAGGGCAGGGCUGCGGCCGGGGGGGUGGACUCGCAGGCUGACUGUGUCCUCUGUCCGCAGAACCCCGACAUGGAGGUGGAUGAGAACGGAACCCUGGACCUGAGCAUGAACAAGCAGCGGCCGCGGGAGGGCUGCUGCCCCAUCCUCACGCCCCUGGAGCCCAUGUCCCCCCAGCGGCAGGCGGCGAUGGACAGCCGGUGCUUCCAGCUGGGCGAGGGGGACUGCUGGGACUUGCCCGUAGACUACACCAAAAUGAAACCCCGGAGGGUGGAUGAGGACGAGUCCAAAGAGAUUACUCCAGAAGACUUGGAUCCCUUCCAGGAAGCCCUAGAAGAGAGAAGGUACCCGGGGGAGGUGACCAUCCCGAGCCCCAAGCCCAAGUACCCACAGUGCAAGGAGAGCAAAAAGGACUUGAUAACUCUGUCCGGCUGCCCGCUGGCUGACAAAAGCAUUCGAAGUAUGCUGGCCACCAGCUCCCAAGAACUCAAGUGCCCCACCCCUGGCUGCGACGGCUCCGGGCACAUCACCGGCAACUAUGCGUCCCAUCGGAGCCUUUCAGGUUGCCCAAGAGCCAAGAAGAGUGGCAUCAGGAUAGCGCAGAGCAAGGAGGACAAGGAAGACCAGGAGCCCAUCAGGUGCCCCGUCCCCGGGUGUGACGGCCAGGGCCACAUCACCGGCAAGUACGCCUCCCAUCGCAGCGCGUCCGGGUGCCCGCUGGCGGCCAAGAGGCAGAAGGACGGGUACCUCAACGGCUCCCAGUUCUCCUGGAAGUCGGUCAAGACGGAGGGCAUGUCCUGCCCCACGCCGGGAUGCGACGGGUCCGGGCACGUCAGCGGCAGCUUCCUCACGCACCGGAGCUUGUCGGGGUGCCCGAGAGCCACGUCGGCGAUGAAGAAGGCGAAGCUGUCGGGGGAGCAGAUGCUGACCAUCCGGCAGAGAGCCAGCAACGGCAUCGAGAACGAUGAGGAGAUCAAGCAGCUGGACGAGGAGAUCAAGGAGCUGAAUGAGUCCAACUCCCAGAUGGAAGCCGACAUGAUCAAGCUCAGAACUCAGAUCACCACCAUGGAGAGCAGCCUGAAGACCAUCGAAGAGGAGAACAAGGUGAUCGAGCAGCAGAACGAGUCCCUCCUGCACGAGCUGGCCAGCCUGAGCCAGUCCCUGAUCCACAGCCUGGCCAACAUCCAGCUGCCGCACAUGGAGGAUGGUGUAUGGUGGGGGCAAUAAAUGAGGUUUUUUGCAUUCCAAGGAAAUGGCAUAUGGAUUAACUGUAAGAAAUGAGAUAAGUAAUUUAUUGUAAGACAACAUCAAGCCAUGGAAAUUUGGCAGAAGAUUCAAAGCAGCU